CAGUCAGUAUCCAACAGGACGCCAUUCGAUCUAGUCCAGCGAAUGCAUUAUGUCUGCGAAUAACAAACAAUAAAAUAAAAUAAUUAUAAUAAUAUCUAAUAAAUUAUGUUAAGAGUGUUAAUUUUUUUUCAAUAGCGUUUGAUAUUUUUUGUCUCUUGCCGGUCGGUCGCCAUAAAAAUCUUCCAUCUUUUGUAAACGGCAAACAUGGUGAAAUUUCAUUGCAACAACAGACAAAGUACGAAAAUCGCCACAAAGAUGUUCGACUUUGUGUCUAGUUUUAACGCGAUUGUCAAAUUGAAAAACUUACAGUGAUGAAAACAGUGACAAAUAAUGCAGUUUUUCUUCGGUUUGUUCGCAAUCGUACACUUGUGGAUAUUGCAAUCUGUUCAAAGCGUUAAGAUCAACGAGACGAAUCUAAUUGAACAUUUAACACCAUCAGAAUGGAGACAUUUCGUCGGGUCCGACGCGGUUCAACACUCACGUAUGCUCGCAGGUCGACAUUUCGGCGUGAAAUAUUUGAAUGUAAACGACCUGACCGACGGGCCGGUCAACCUGACGGUGGAUCGGUUGGACCGGCAUUUCCGGUUGGAUUUGCGGAAAAACCCAAGUCUCCUCGACGACAAGUUUGUCGUGCUGAAAAGAACGGCUGGGAAGUCGGAAAUCGUAGAACAUACGUGGAACGACACGGACUGCGGUUAUUACCAUAGUUUUUCGCCCCACGUCGCCGCCCUGGACGUCUGCAGCGGAAUAAGGGGUAUUCUCAAGUCAGACGAUGACGAGUAUUACGCCAUAAGUCCUCUACCGGAACGAUUUCACGACCCAGAUGAAACGCCACACGUAAUUGUUCGGAUUGUAAACGCGACCGAGCUAAAAGAUUCACUUGGUAAAUUCGGCGACCGAUUAAUCGAGAGUCGACAAAAAAGAGACACGUGGUCAUCCACCGUGUUGAACUUGGAAAUAGCUAUAUUCGUGGACCAAGACCUCUACAGGCUGAUGGCUGUCAGUUUCGAAUCGAACACAGAAAAAGAAGUCAUUCGGUUCGUUUUGGCCAUGGUGAACGCUGUCGACCUGCUGUACCACGACCCUUCGUUGGGCAGACAAAUCAAUUUUAUCCUGAAACGACUGGAAAUCCUGCACACGGAUCCCGAGGGUUUGAACAGGUCCAACGACAUCGACCGGUUCUUGAGCGAUUUUUGCAAAUGGCAGCAAACCGAAAAUCCUCCUUUGGACUCGGAUCCGCUGCACUGGGACCACGCGGUCAUUCUGACCGGACUGGAUUUGUUCGUGGCCGGCAAAAACGGCAAAAUUAGCAAUCAAGUCGUCGGACUUGCUCCAGUCGCAGGGAUGUGUACGAAAACCAGCAGUUGUACAGUAAACGAAGGUCGUCAUUUCGAGAGCGUCUACGUGGUCGCCCAUGAAAUCGGUCACAAUUUAGGAAUGAGACACGACGGAGCUGCGUCCGACAACGAUUGCGAUUCGACAAGUUACAUAAUGUCACCGACUUUGGGAAGUGGUAAAAUUACUUGGUCCACGUGCAGUCACAAGUACUUGGAGAAAUUUUUACAGAGUUCUCAGGCAGUUUGCUUGUUCGACGGCGGUGGUUCUUCCGAAUUUUUGGACCACAAACAACACGGCAGACUUCCCGGCGAGCGUUUCGAUUCGCACGAACAGUGUAUGCUCAAGUACGGCCGCGGGAGCGUGCACGCUUCCAGUCAAGACUUGGGAGAAGUUUGCCGGGAUUUGCACUGUCAGCGAGACAGAUACACUUGGACUUCACACCCGGCACUAGAAGGCACCGUUUGCGGUCCGGACAAAUGGUGCCGAAGCGGUCGAUGCGUCCACAAAGGGUUGUCCGCUCUGCAAGCUGGAUUCGCUCCUCACCAAAGCAUCGACGGCGGUUGGAGCGACUGGACACCGUACUCGGAUUGUGCUUCGUCUUGCUUGCUAGGAGACAAAAACGACUUGACCAGUGGAAGUACCGGCAUAACGACCUCGCUCAGACGGUGUAACAACCCUAGGCCGGAAAAUGGCGGUAAAACGUGUUCCGGAGGCGAUCAGAAAUAUAAAUCAUGCUCUACAGAACAAUGUGCAAACGCACCUCAGUUAACUAUAAAAGAUUUUGCCAAUGAAGUUUGUUUAAGAGCCAAACAAUAUGAUACAGAGUUAUUAGGUACCGGUUUUCAAAAAAUCAGUUCAGACCCCAAAGACGCGUGCACUGUUUGGUGUCAUAAGUAUAAAGGUGGUACGAAAAGUCGAGGAUGGUCUUUUCCGGACGGCACGACUUGUCAAAUAAGAAAAACCAAAGGCUCGACUUAUUGCAUUGGAGGAUUCUGCAAGGAGUUCGUUUGUGAUCACUUGGCUACGCCGGAUUCGCUCUACGUGGAAGCAGCUAAGACAUGCGGGGCCCAAGACGAAGCCCCUAAACGGUUGAAUGCUCCUUCGCCGCCUUUGCCAUUACUUCCAGCGGCGUCUAGCAUUGUCGAAUGGACGUGGCAGCCAAAGUCCGUGUGCCAUUAUAGUUGUAUGGUACCGGCAAUGGGACUGAAACUGAUCGAAGGGAAAGUGUGUAAAACCUGCGAACCGGUGAUCAGCAUUAAGAUUUGUCGACCGCAAAAGGACCAAUGUAAGUUCGGCUUAAAAACUGUGAUCGAGUACGCGACAUCGAUUUGCUCCAAAUACGGUCAAAAAGUGCAACGCCUGUCAGGUUUAGGAAUGCAGCUGUCUUCGGUUCCAGACGAUAUGGACAGGCCGUGUAGGCUGGCUUGCCAAGAUCAAACAGUGCCUCAUAGAUUUUACAUUGUCAACGGUGAAGCCGGAUGGUUCCCUUUCGGUACGGAUUGUGCCAGAGGUGAUCCGGAUCGUCAUGCUUUUUGCCUCAGCGGAAAAUGUCUGGAAUUUGGUCCGGACAAUCUGCCGCUGUCAGUCGAAGGAAUGUCGCUGCACAGCAAUUUUAGUUCGAACAACCGCAUAAAAAGGAGUGUUUCCCACGUGCAAAACAAUAAUGUAUUGCCAGACGAAAACACGUCGUUGGAACAGUUUUUGAAUUUGAAAACAAGCAUUAAGUUUGGUUCGGAGAAAAGUUUUGUAGACUUGAAAAACCCAGUGGACUUCCCCAAGUCGUAUGCAGACUCUUAGUGUUGAUUGUAAUAAUAAUAGUUAAAUGUUUUAAUUUUAUUAUUGAAAAAUCCUUUAUGAGCAAUCAAACGUAUUAUUAUUACUGUACAUUAUCAUAAUAUUUUGUAGUAAAUGUUAGUUUAUUUUGAUUAUUGCACGGCCUUCCGCAUAGGCAAUCGUUAUGCAUACCUGUCAUAAAAGUUUCGGCAAAGGCCAUUUUUUUUUUAAGAUUUCUUCUUAUGUUUUUUUAACCGGAGAAUACAAAACGAACCUGUUCAACACAAUAAUAAAUAGAAACAAAUAUGUA